UAGAGAAGCUUCAAACUCCUCCAAAAUGAUGUACUUCUACCUAUGACAUUUCAUCAGUAAUGCACUGUGCAUCGAAGACAACAAAGUAGAUGUAUUCUUUACUAUCUUAAGGACGGCCCAAUGUCGAAGAUUUGCAUGGCGGCCAUUAAUGACAACGACAAAACGUUMAAUGCAAGAAGACUGCAAGAACGGUUCCCUGAAAUUCCGGAAGCAGUUAUCGCUCAAAUACUCAGUCAACAUGCCCAUAAUAUGGAGAAAUGUUUAAUGAUGUUAAGUCAAGAAAGUGAAAAGUAUUUAUAUGGUGAGAACUCUGAUGGUCCAGACUCUUCUCCUCCUGUCAUGACACCAUUAUCAAUAAACAUCCCUUCACCAGAUAGACCAGUAACUAUAGGUGCACCUACACCAGGCAGUAUCACYAAUGAAGUGAGAAGAGAUAAACACACUCCUGUAGAUGACUAUAAAACACAACUUCUAAACCAUCAGCAGCAGAGAUUAGACAGACUUCUCAAAGAAUUGCACACAGAAGAGCAAAAGCUAUUUGAUCUUAAAUUAGUUGUUGGGAAUAAAAAUGAGGAAUUAGUUAAUAAGAAAUUCAGAGUGGCUGGAAAUCCCUCGAAAUCAGAUGUUGACCAUUUAGAAGAAGAAACACAAGUAUUAAGAGAAGAAAUUGAUGAAAUGACUCAUGAAAUUGAUAGAAUAAAAAGCUUACCAAUGCCACUGAAAAAAAGYGAAAGCUUUCCUCGUCCCACACCUGCAAAUUGGACAAAUAAUCGCCCUGGKCCAGUAAAUGGACCACAUGGACCACGCCCUCCAUGGUUUACACAAAGUCCUGGUUGUCCUCGUCCACCAUGGCUCAUGGGUCAAGGAACACAUAGUCCUGAGCGGGAUAAAAGCCUGGAGGGAUCUGGUUGGAUAUUAGUGCCACCCAAUCAGCAGCCAUCACCAUCAGACAWUCCAAGUACAUCACAGAACGACACAGAGGAAAUGUGGCAGUGUAAACACUGUACAUUAGUCAACCAUGGAGCAUUAAAUCACUGUGAAUUGUGUGAGCGACCAAGAUCAUGACUGUUAAUAUUAUUUAAAUAGUUCUUAAUGAUAGAUAUAUCUAUUGUGGGCUUCCUGUUUGUAUAUAGAUAUGAGUCACUUAAAAAAAUGAUGAACUCUGAAAAAAAUGACAGUAAUGUCAGUAACAAUUUCGUUAUCAUGAGGUCUGGUCAUAGGCAGCCCAACCAUUUCUUAUAGGCCAUGUUAUUUUUCACUUAUAAAUUGACUUAUAAUARUUCUGUGAAAAAAUGAAGAAAAGCAAGAAAAAACGUGAUGGGAUUGUAUCAUCAAAAACAUACAUACAAGGUUCUGUUUUCGUCCACYUUUUUUUUCAUUGCAAUAUUUGUAAAUCAAGAGAAGUCGAUAGAACAAAAGCAAAAAAAAAAGAAACAGAAAUUUUGAGAAUUAAUGAAAGGGCUGCCUGUGGUAUGGCUUUUUAUUGACAUCUCGCUGUUCAUUUGAAUGCAGCUCCAUUUGUGGGGUGAUAAUAGAUUCUAAUAUUGUACCCCACAUGAAGCUUCUUGGACGUCGCAUUCAGUGGUGUCGAUAAAGGAAUUGAUGUUUACUUGAUAUGUGCCAUUUGUGUGGGUUGUUAAGCCUUUCCCUGCCAAUACAUAUCUUGUCGUAUUCUGGAAGCAAUAAAGUACAUGCCAUCWGAACAUCGCAGGCUAUUGGUCGUUACAACUGAAAUGAUUUCUACUUAUAGCUGAAAACAAAACAACUUGUCUCAAUACUUACGUGACUUUUUUCUACAAAUAGUGAAAGUACUUUACGAUAAGUCAAGUAAGUGAUGUGUGGCAGUGAAUGGCUUUCAACAAGUAUUCAAUUUGACAUGAUGUGAUUUUUACCACAAUUGUGUAAAUUAUCGCGCGCUGAUUGGCUGAUAGAGUGGUGUUAUAAGAACACAUACACACUGUGCUGAUACCACGUCUCGCGCGCGCUCUCAAUUGAGAGAACAAAAUGCUGCACUCGUGGGUCCAGUUUUGACUUUUGAACAUUUUAUGAAGUAAAGUGUGUCAAUAGAACGUGUUCGCAUAACCCACUUUUUAAAUGCUAAUGAGUUUGCUAAUAUUCUAAUGAGAUUGGCACGAGAAACAAAAGAGCAAAAACAUGCUUGAGUGUUUCAGUAGCGAAUAUUAUUUCAAAACUAUUUUGAGCUCAGUUCAAUAAAUGCAAAAUUUCAAAAGGAAACAUUUUUAUUUAAGCUAUACAGCUAUCUCAACUUCUCGUAAACUACAUGCAAGUAAUUAGAUUAGACGCGGCAAAAGAUAGACGUUUGAAACGGACCUCAUUGUCCAGAAUCRGUUUUGAUUCUGGUAUCGACGGGCUGUGGAUGUCUGCAAUGCUUGUUUUAUAAUUCUUCCCAUGCGCCCAAUUUAUUUAAAACAAUUUAAAUUAACAUUAUCAACCGCUUAAAAGAAACGAUCUGUUGGCAUUCAAGGAAUUUUCAAUCUUGUAGCCAAUAACUGUUGAAAUUGAUUAACUUUAAUAAUAAAAAUGUUUCCGUUU